AUGCCCCCUGAUGCCGAUGCCCACGACCCUCUUGACCGCGAGGACGCCCCGUUCCUCCCCGCUGCCGCAAGCAGCAGCAGCAGCAGCAGCAGCAGCAGCAGCAAAGACGAGGAGAGUCAUGAUGAUCUGAAGCACGACCGGGACGGCGACAGGGGAGACCCCGAGACGACCCACGCCGCCGCCAUCAGCAAGAUCCGCUUCCGGUUCAUGGCGACGCUCUUCGUCAUGAUCCUGGCGUUUGAGAUCGGGAUUGUGAUGUCGAAUGGGCCGAUGACGAGGAUCUAUGAGUCCAUUGCCUGUCGGCAGCACUACGCCGAGUAUGACCCGCGGCAGAUCGCGGCGGAUGGGCAGGUGCCCGAAUCGCUGUGCAAGAUCACGGAGGUGCAGACGGAGUUGGCGGCGGUGAAGGGGUAUAUGGAGUUCUUUGAUGGGAUUUUGAGUGCUCUCCUGGCUAUCCCCUACGGCCUGCUGGCGGAUCGGAUCGGGCGGAAGCCCAUCCUCUGCCUCAGCAUCCCCGCGUUCGCGCUCAACUCGCUGAUCAUGUUCGCCGUGAUGUGGUAUUCGGAGAUCUUCCCGCUACGCGCGGUCUGGGCGUCAUGUCUCGCGUGGUUGUUGGGCGGGGGUCCUGUCGUGGCGUCUGCACUCAUCUGGACGAUGAUGUCGGAUGUAACGGCGGAGGAUGAGCGGGCAUCGAUGUUCUUCCGGUUCGGUGUCGUCAGUAUGGGCGCUGACUUCGCUUCCAGCGCUGUCAGUUCAUGGAUGAUGACGUGGGAUCCGUGGCUGCCUAUGCUGAUCGGGUGGGGGAUUGUUAUUGCUGGGGUUCUCUGCGCCGUAUCCCUCCCGGAGACAAUGCAUCUUUCGACAGUCCAGCGUGCGGAGGAGCGUUCGUCAAGCGUCGAACUCGCCCGGCUGGCUCCCACGAAUGGUGAACCGAAAGGCGGCGCGCAGAAGAACGAGCGGCAAAUCGACCCCGAUGACAGCGAUGCGGACAGCAUCCACGGCGAACAGGUGCCCUUCACCCUCCGGUCAGGCAGCAAACGGCCCUUCUUGGCCAAGAUGGUCUUGCGCAGUCGACAAUACUUCACCCCGUACUCUUUCCUCUUCCGCAACAAGCAGGUUCUGCUUCUCCUCACGGCGUUUCUCGUCUACCGGCUCAGUCGCGGCUCAUCAUGGUUUCUCGUCCAGUACAUCUCGACGCGCUAUCAAUGGACCCUGGCCAAUUCCAACCUCCUCAUAUCCUUCAAGCCGGCUCUUACUAUUCCGCUAUUCUUGUUAGUUCUUCCCGUUCUGUCCCGAUACCUUCUUCGCUCCAUGCACACGAACAAGAAAGAUCUCCAGUUGGCCCGUGUUAGCAUCGUCUGCCUGUCCCUGGGGACGCUCGGGAUCGGGCUGUCUCCAUCCAUCGCCACGUUGGUCCCUAGUCUGAUCCUGCAGACUGCGGGGUCCGGUUUCCUUUACUUGAUCCGGUCGUUGAUCACGACACUCGUGAAGCAAGAAGAGACCGCGCGGCUGUUCACUAUCAUCGAGGUGCUGCAAGCGGUGGGUAAUGUCAUUGCUAGUCUAUCGAUCACCACCGUCUUUCAGCUAGGCCUGGAGCUGGGUGGUCCCUGGAUCGGCCUUGCUUGGAUGAUGACCAGCAUGGCGUUUGCGCUGGUUGGAGCCGCAGUCUGGUGCUUCAAAUUAUCAUCCAUCGCCGAGGAUAAAGCUGAGGGCGACGAUGAAGUGUGA